AUGGACUUGGGGGCACAGUUUUAUUGUGGCUCCGAUUUUUCUGGAGGAUCAUUCCCCGUUGGUGAAGCUGGGGGACACCUGCUGGGACCCAUGGCCCUUGACCUAAGGGAGAGAGAUACACAACUUUCCCAUCUUCCCUUUCAGACCACUAUCAUGGCGGUAGAGUUUGACGGAGGGGUCGUCAUUGGUGCCGACUCCAGGACCACCACCGGUUCCUACAUUGCCAACCGAGUGACAGAUAAGCUGACCCAGAUCCACGACCACAUUUACUGCUGCCGGUCAGGCUCAGCCGCCGACACCCAGGCCAUUGCAGAUGCCGUCACGUACCAGCUGGGUUUCCACAGCAUUGAACUGGACGAGCGCCCCUUGGUGCACACGGCGGCCAACCUCUUCAAGGAGAUGUGCUACCGAUACCGGGAGGACCUGACGGCCGGGAUCCUGGUGGCCGGGUGGGACAAGCGCAAAGGAGGGCAGGUGUAUUCGGUGCCCAUGGGGGGCAUGAUGGUGCGCCAGCCCUUCUCCAUCGGGGGCUCGGGCAGCUCCUACAUCUACGGCUACGUCGACGCCUCCUACAAGCCCGGCAUGACCAAGGAGGAGUGCUUGGCCUUUGCCGCCAAUGCCAUUUCUCUGGCCAUGGACCGCGACGGCUCCAGCGGAGGGGUCAUCCGCCUGGCCGCCAUCACCGAGGACGGCGUGGAGCGCAAGGUCAUCCUGGGCCACGAACUGCCCCGCUUCUCCACCCUCUGAAGGAAGGAAGCCCGGCCAUCGCUGUUCCUGCUCUUGUGAUUAUUGUUGUUAUUGUUGUGAAUCACCCCAGUCCUUUGUUCCAGGGUCAACACAAUAUUAAAUACAUGGGAGUGGAAA